AUGGACCAAGCCUUAGGUGAAGGCGCUUGGGUAAUAGAGAAUGCCUCAAAGGACCUCGAUGAGAUCAUAUUGAUGGAGGAGAAUGUAAACGAUAUGGUUUAUGCCAAAUCCGAUAGGAAUGCGCUACCAUUUUUUCGCGAAAGUAAGCGAUCUAAACUAUUGCUCAUAGGGAUUGGGCAGUGCAUUCUCUGCGCCAGUCGAGAUCACAAAUCCAUGUAUUGCAAGAAAUGCACCACGUUGGAAGAAAAACGCGCAGUGUUCCGGGAACAACAUAGAUGCCUAAACUGCGCUUUACCAGAACAUUUCGUUAAACAGUGUCCAAGAGAUGGAUGCAAAGCAUGCAAUGGGAAGAAACAUCAUUACACGCUUUGUCCACAACGCUGUCAGUCAACACAAGGUGCUCAGACUCAGCCGCCAUACGAGAGAAGGACACACGCGCAAGCGCCAUCAGCUGCCUCUACUGCGCAGAAAAGCGCCCCGAAAAUAACGAAACAAGCACCACUGAAGAGAGGAAAGCCAGCGCAGGCUAAUUUGCUCGAGACGCUUCUUGCGAUAACAAAGAAGCAGUGGCUUGCGACGAGGAGAAUAGCCAAAGAAUGGUUCUCUCCGCCAUGA